AUGGCCCUUCUCAACCCGACCUUUCUCCUGGGACUGGCCCUCGUCGCCUACCUCUCGUCCUUUGUCCUCUUUGCCGUCAUCCGGAUCCUCACCGGCAUAUCCGUUCAGCGAGUCGGCUACCUCUCGCUUCGCCGACUUGCCUACACGUUGCGCGACGGCUGCACCAUCGAGGUUCGUGGGCUCGGCCUCAACAUCCACCGGCCCACGUUUGCCCAGCCGACAUGGAUCAGUCUCGUCCUGACCGAGCUGACCGUGUCCGUCGACAUCCGCGAGCUCCGGGCACGGAAGACGACGGCGGACGAGGACGAGGAUGCGGGGACCGAGGCCGACGGCGACGACGACGCCGUCCCGCUGCGCAGGAUGAGCUCGCACAAUGCGCACGCCGUUCACGGCGAGACCUGGAGCAAACUGACGAGGUUCAAGAAUAGGAUAAAAAAGCUGCAGAAGAACAUCAAGUGGCUCCAGAUGGUCGACGUCGUGGCGACCAGCUCGACAGUCAAGGUCGUCAACGUCGGCAGCAUCCAGGUCGGCAGCAUCACCAUCGCCGUCGACACGAGGAGCAAGAUGGCCGACCGCGCGCGCUUCCUCCAGAAGUCGUCGUCGCAGCGCCAGCAGCAGCAACAGGCCGAGUGGAUCAUGACGUUUCGGAGCGUCCACUUCACGCCCGACGGCGGCGAGUCGCUCGAGAUUCUCGAUCAUGCGCUCCUCAACGUCCACGGCUUCCUCUACGAGACAAGGGACGGGUUACGCGACGCCACCGUCGCACUCAAGCUCGGUAGAGUGCAGGUUCCGUACGACGACAUGGAGCUCUGUGCCACGCGCUUGCGGCAACUGCGCCGACAAGCCGACUCCGCCGCCGCCGAGGAGCGGCCGCCCGACAUCGUCCUCGAACGUCAGGUGCCGCUGCCGAGCUCGGAAGACCCGGGAAGCACGGUCGACGAGCUCAUGAGAUCCGUAUCAGACUCCAAAGAUUUCUUCAGCUCCAUACUGAGGGGCAUCAAGGAGGUGCAGUUUGCCGUCAGCUUCGUCGGUCUCUCGUGGAAGAUCACGUCGGUGAAGCCGGCGGCGUGUCCCAUGCUGCUCACGGCGUCCAUGAAGGAGGUUGGCAUCGACCUGCACCGCCUGGACCCCAAGUCUCCGGCCCACAGAAUGUACUUUUCCCCAAAGGACAUCGCCCACGAGGCUCUCGCCGCUGCCCUGUCCAUCUCGGUCGGAUUGGAUGAUGGCCGUGGACAUGCGCAGCGAUUGCUGUACGUGCCCAUGGCGACCACCACCGUCCGCACCACGCUGCCGUCCAAGUCCGUCGAGCUGGCCCGGGACGGGAGCAUCGAGGCGAAGAACGCCAACAUCUUGUUUGCCAGCUCCGUCGUGACCUCGCCGGCCGUCGACCUGGAUCCCUGCCACCUCCCCCUCCUCAUCGCCCUCAUGCGGCCGAAACCGAAGCCGCACAAGGCGCAGCACAACACGCCGAGCCACCUCAUCUCGCGCCUCCUCCCCAAAGCCAACAUCAAGUUUUCCAUGCACGAGCCGGUCAUUCGCAUCAGGCUGAAGCCGCUGCAGGACACGGAAGACGAGGAUGAUUUUGAUCUCAUCAUCUCGUCCAUCUCGUCCGUCUCGCUCGACGUCGAGUCCUCCCAUUCGCAGCUGGAGGACUCGCACUACUUCCUCGACGGCUCCCUGCGCCUGCAAUCCCCCCGGCUGUAUUACCAGACCUGCUCCGGGGAAGUCUUCAACCUCAUCACGACGGAGGCUUUCGACGUCAAGGCCCACCUCGGCGCCAGGCCGGAUGUUGCCGUCGACGUGACCGGGGACAUCAAGUCCUUCUCCAUCAGCAUGAUGAGGCCGGAGAUCACGGAUGGCCUGCGGCAGAUCGUUCGUCAGCUGCGCGUCGACGUCGAGCCGGACAAGCGAGCGACGUCGAAAUCGACCAAGCACCAGAGCUUCCUUCGAUCGAUGCCCGAAUGGCUCGUGCGGUGCCACUUCGAGGCCUCCGACUUCAACGUCGAGGUGGCCGGCGUGGACGAGGAAAUCUCGGACGACGUCCGAGGCGUCUCGGUCCACCUCGACACCUUCACUGCCGAGUAUCGCGCCCGGAGACUCGACGGGCUGCAGCGCCGACGGCUGACACGCCGACGGGCGCACAGUCGGUCCAUGACCCAGUCCGACUCGGACCCGAUCCCCUUCUUCCCCACCUCCCCCAAAUCGAGGCGCAAGGUGCAGAAUGCCGGCGAUGGCCGUCGGCUCGCCGUGCACGUACGAGGCAUGGAGGGCCAGAUCGUCGAGGCCGCCGACCGACUCGAGGCGGAACCGUUCCUCCACGUGCCGCGCUUGGAGCUCGCCUUCUCGACGUCCAGCGACAGCCAGGGACCCAUGUUCCACGUCCAGUCCUCGAUACGGACCAUCAUGCUGCAGUACUCCCUGUACCGACACUACGCCGUCGGCGUCGCGACGAUGACGCUGAGGAGAGCCUUCAUGAGGACCGGGCGAGACGUUCCCCGGAAGCGCCAGGAAAGCACCUAUCUCAGCCCCGACGACAUCCCUUCCGCCGCAGCCUCCGGCGGCAUGUCCACCGUCUCCCCCGAGCUGCUGACCGUCGACGUCAAGGCAGCACUUUUGCAGAUCAAGGCGGAGCUGCCCCACGAGCCGAUCAUGAUGCUCCACGUCUACGGUCUGGAGACGGGCCGAAACAGGUGGUCGACGCCCUUCAUGUCCUCCAAGCUCAUACGUCACUACGUGGAGCCCCCGCGGAUGCGCAAUGUCUGGGCCAAGAUGGUCAGCGUCAAGAACGGCAGGGUCGACUUGCGCGAAUCGAGGCACAAGACAUCCCUCGGUACCUACGUCGAGGAUAAGAUGGUCGACAUCGUCUGCGAGGCGAUCCGGGUGGCGGUCCCUCACGAAGUGUUCGUCAACCGCAUCACCGACAACAUCAUCAACGUCAUCAAAUCGAUCAAGCAGCUGCACCAUCGGUUCAAGACCGGCACCAACGAGUACAUCUUGGAGAAGAGGCCCGUGGCGCCGAAGAAGGUGCCCAAGGUGUCGGUGCGGACGCGCAACUUCCUCUUCGAGAUGGAAGAUGGCGCGUUCGAGUGGAAGCUGGGCAUCAUCUAUCGCACUGGCCGCCUCGAGCAGGUGCAGAGGCUGGCUCGGGAAGAAGCGUUCCGGGUCAAGUCGAAGCGGGUCCGCGAGGAGGGAUCGAGGAAGGGAAGCAAAAUUCGAUCUCGAUCCGCCCUCGCCCGCGGUCGAUCCGAUCAGUCCACGACGUCGUGGUUUCGAAGUCGAAGUUUGGACGGCUAUGACCAGGACAGCCACGGCUUCGGAAAGGGCACGAUGCCCCGGUACAAUCCCGAGGGCGAGAGCCUUGGCAUCAGCGGGAAUGCCAAGGUGUCCGAAACCGAAGCGCGUUCCCACCUCGACAUGUUCAACGCCAAGUCGUGGAAGAUGCGCAUAGAGCGUGCCUACCAGGUGUCGCAGACCAGCACGAGCGAGCUGCGGGACAUGUUCUGGGGCUCGACCGACCUGCCCGAAGACGUCGAGGAGACGGAGAACAUUCUCGAGGUGCCUCGGAGACCGGCUCUCAUGUCGGCCAUGAUAUCCGACCUGCACAUCAUCGUCGAUAAGCCGACGUUUGCUCUGCCGGACCUGCCAGACUUCAUCCACAAGGUCGGAAAGGGCGUGCCGAGGGACAUGAGGUACAGUCUCCUGGUGCCCAUGCACAUCUGCAUCAUCAUGGGCGAGGCUCGCCUCUCCUUGCGCGACUACCCGCUACCCCUGCUGCACAUACCGGGGCUGAAGACGGGGCAGUCGUCGCGGAUGCAGUCGGUGCAGCUCAAGGCCAACUUCGUCCUCGCCGAGGAAUUCAGGGGCCUCGAAUCCACGCGGCGGGUGCGAGUCAACAUCGUCCCGCCCCGAGGCACCGAUCCGGCGUCGCCCAACGAAGGCAGCUUCGCCAUCGAGGUGCGGAGGACCAUCGGCCCCGUCAAGUCCUUCUCGGACGUCUACAUGGACAUCAACACGGGCCUGCCCACUCGGAUCACCUGGGGCCCCUGCUACCAGCCGUGCAUCCAGGACAUGAUGAUGGUCGUCGAGUCCUUCACGAAGCCCCAGGUCGACCCGUCGGAGAGGGUCGGCUUCUGGGACAAGCUCAGGCUCAACACGCACUCGCGCGUCCACAUCGCCUGGAAGGGAGACGGCGACCUGCACCUCUCCCUCAAGGGGACCCGCGACCCGUACCAGGUCACGGGCAACGGCGCGGGAUUUCUCAUGUGCUGGCGCAACGACGUGCAGUGGAACAUCAACGCCGAGGACGACCCCAAGCGGUUCAUGACCAUCGACAGCGGCGAAUACAUCCUCGCGAUACCCGACUACAGCCACUUGGUGCGGGAGGCGGCCCGCCAACGCGAGGCCGACGACGGCCACCUGAUGGAGGACAACGCCAAGGCCGGCGCCAACUUCAAGAAGGUCGUCAUGAAGCUGUCGGGCAAGGUCCAGUGGAUGGCGGGCUUGAUGUUCGAGCGCGCCAUCGAGGACGGACGGCGGAACUUUGACUUCCGUCCUCACUACGACGUCGUCUUGAAGAACCCCAUCCACGCGAGGCCAGACGACGACGGGCGGCCGUACGACGCCAUGCGAGGCUUCAGGAGCCGGCACAUCCACCUGUCCAUCGCCAUCCGAGCGCCGGUGGACCGCGACUGGAUGUCGGCGAACCCCGAUCCGUCGAGGAGCUACAACACGGUUCACCUGACCCCUCGCUUCUUCACGCACUUCUUCGCCUGGUGGGGGCUGUUCAGCCAGCCGAUGUCGCUGCCGAUCCGGCAGGGCAGGCUCUUCCCCGGCCACGAGAAGAACAGCAAGAAGUUUGGCCGGCACCUGGCGACCAUCAAGUACAGCCUGCUGCUCUCGCCGCUCUUCCUCAGCCACAUAUACAAGCACAAGGACGCCGAAGACUAUCCGGAGAACGCGGUCUCGGCGACGGGCCUCAAGGUGCGCUUCGACAGCUUCAUGCUCGACCUCCACCAGCGGAGGGAAGAGUUCAACACGCUCGGCAAGGGCAAGAACACGCAGAGCAGGACGUCGGGCAUCAAGAUCCACGCCGCGCAGCUCGACCUCGCGAGCGCCGACAUCCGAGCCGUGUCGGCGAGCCUCAAGGGAACGACGACGGACGCCAUCAGGAGGGGCUGCCUGUCGACGCUCAUCACCGACCAAGACGACAAGCCCGACCUGUCCAAGUUUACGAUUCCGGACAACGAUUUCAGCUGGAUCGACAUGGACGACUUUGUCGAGCUCGACUGGAUUCUGCCGACGGAGCCUCACCCGAACACCAAGAUCCUGCCGCUGGCCUUUGCACCGCGGUUGACGUACUUUCGUCAGACGGACAUUGGCGGGACCAUUGCCGGGGAUCCCACGCGGUCGAGUCCGUUCGGCAACGAGCCGACGCAUUUCUGCAGCAUGGCGCACGACGACGACCCCAAGCACGUGCAGAGACAGCUGAUACAGGACCGGCUCGACCAGCUCGAAGUCCAGAUGCUGGCACACUCGAGGAGCGUCGGAGAGGCGGAGCUGAGGAUGAUCCAGUCCAACCGCAGCCAGGAGCCCGAGACGGUCGACGACCUGGACGCUCUCCGCAAGCACACCAACGUCCUCAAGGACAAGAAGGCCUUUUUGGCCAAGAUGCUGGAGCAGAUGACGGCCAAGACGCCGGGCCAGGUCAACGGCAACGGCAACGGCAACGGCAACGGCCAGGCCAACGGGAGCGGGGCCGUGCCGCGGUCGGAAACGUCGAGCGAGAGCGACAACGUGCUGGACAUUCCGGCGGCGGCCGAGUUCGAGAGCGACUUCAACAACCGCUUCGUCAUCCACAACCUGCAGCUCAAGUGGAACAACACGCUGCGCAACAUUGUGCUUCGUUACUUUCACCAGAACAGCCAACGGCGCGGCUUCGUCUACUACCUGUCGCGGCCGGCCGUCAAGUUCAUCCUGGACAUUGUCGAGGAGCAGAGCCGGGCCAAGGCCGGCGGCAAGCCCUCGGGCGCGUCGUCGCCUCCCGACGGCGGCGCGGCGGAGGGGGCGAAGAGCGCUGACAACCUCGAGGAUCGCAUCAGGAGCAUCCUGGGCGAGGAGCGCAAGUACGCGCGGGCCAGCUUCGGGACCAACGGAGACGGCACCUGCGCGGCCAUCGAGGACCUCGAGAGCGGCAUCUCGCAGGACUACAGCCCCCACAGGGGCUACCACCUGCGGCUGAUCGCGCCGCAGAUCCAGCUGCAGAGCGACAAGAACAGGAAGCACGUCGUCAUCGUGACGGCCAAGGGCAUGGAGCUCAAGGUGCUCGAGGUCAUGGACAAGACGAGGAUAUCGGACAACGUCAGCGGCCUCGUGCAGCGGCGCUUCCACCUCAACAUGGACAGCACCCAGUUCUUCGUCACGCACCAGAAGUGGUUCCAGACCAGCCUGGUCUCCAUGUAUGCCGGGAGCAUGUACGGCACGCCCGUGGGCACCUCGUGGCCGCCGUGGGUGCCCAUCGAGAUCAUGUUCAACUUUACGACGGAUCCCUUCGGCUUCAAGCGCGUCGUGCAGAAGACGUCGGCGGUGCUCCGGUACGACAAGUACAACAACCUGCGGCUCAAGUACAACGACGACGUGGUCAACGCCGACGACGGCGUCAGCGAGGCGCCGCCGGAGCCGGAGAGCCGGGCGGACAGCCUCUGGGUCGAGUUUCCGCAGGCGCGGGCGCUCUGCAACUCGUCGCAGUACUACGCAAUCUACGUCAUCGUCCUCGACCUCCUCAUGUACAGCGAGCCGCUGGAGAAGACGCGGAGCGAGCGGCUCGAGAAGAUCAUGCUGGCGUCGGACUUUAGCGACCUCAGCGGCGCGCCGCAGAUGGUGCAGAAGCUGCAGGAGCGGAUCCGGCAGCUCGAGGAGAUCAAGUCGCACUUCCAGAUCUACUCCAAGUUCCUCGACAGGAGGGGAUGGGAGGACCGACUGGCGCUGGAGAAGGACCUCGCGGCGUGCGAGGACGAGCUGUUCUUCCUCAUGAAGGCCAUCACGACGUCGCAGCGAAAGUACGACGUCAACUCGGACACGAACGCGCUGGUCAAGUGGAGCCUCUCGGCGCGGGAGAUUGUCUGGCACCUCCUGCAGGACUCCAACGAGCCGCUGGUGGAGCUGCAGCUGAAGGACGUCGAGUACGACCGGACGGACAACUCGGACGGGUCGCACAUGAACCUCGUCCGUGUCGGCAAGGUGCUCGGCCUGAACCUGCUCCCGGAUGCGACGUACCCGGAGAUCAUCGCGCCCUACCACGGCGACGACAAGGCCGGCGGCGGGCCGCCGGGGCCGGACAAGGACAUGAUCCGGGUCUACUGGUACAUGCUCGAGGCCAUCGCGGGCAUCCCCGUCAUGGACCGGUUCGAGGUCGACCUGUUCCCGAUGAAGCUGCAGCUCGAGCGCGAGGCCGGCAAGCGCAUGUUUGAGUACAUCUUCCCCGGCAUGGACGGAGACAAGGCCUCGGCGGCGGCGGCGGGGGGGACGAAGGGCGCGGCAGCGAACGAGGCGGGCCAGGACGACGACGACAGCGACCUGCCGAGCUCGAACAACAGCCGGCUGGACACGCCGGCGGCGGCGGACAGGGACUCGUCGGGCUUCUCGACGCGGGCCGGGUCGCUCGAGCUCCGGCUGCGACCGACGCUCUCGUCGCACACGCCGCAGGAGCGCAGCCCGAAGAAGGCGCUCAGCGUCAACGGCGGCGACGGCCACCCCUUCCGGCUGUUCCGGUCGACGGGCACGGGCAAGUCGAUGCUGUCCAAGAACGCGUCGCACGACUCGCUGCGGGCGAACGCGACGGCGCGCGCCGGCGUCCUCGGCCGCUCGGCGACGGGCUUCUCGAUGAAGGAGGUGGGCGAGAUCAAGAAGGGCCGCUUCGGCCUGCGCGGCAAGGGGCAGGCCGACGACAAGCAGCAGAAGUCGGACGACCUGAGCAAGAUGAUGCGGCGGGCGAGCAACUUCAUGACGUUUGCGCACAUCCGCAUGCCGUCGGUCGUGCUCUGCCUCAGCUACAAGGGCAAGGACUCGCGAAACUUUGAGGACGUGCACGACUUUGUGUUCCGGCUGCCGACGAUCGAGUGGCAGAACAAGACGUGGUCGAACCUCGACCUCGCGCUCGCGCUGAAGAAGGCGGUCGUCAAGGCCCUCAUCUCCCACACGGGGGCCAUCAUCGGCAACAAGUUCUCCAAGCACCGGCCGAACGCGGAGCAGCGCAGCAAGCUGAGGGAGCUCGCGAGCAGCUCGGUGCUCAUCUCGUCGGGCGGGGCGACGACGCACUACGCGGGCAGCAUCAACGACAGCGACGACUCGUACAGCGUGUACGGCACGUCGCCGGUGGACUACUCGCGGUCGCCGCCGCGGUCGGCGAGCGGCAGCACCUUUAGCAGCAUCCCGGGACCGCGGUCGGCGAGCCGCAGCAGCAGCGUCGCGAGCGCGAGGUCGUACAGGACGGGAUCGGGGCAGUCGGGCCCCGGCGUGCCGUCGUUUCUCGCCAUGACGCCGCCGACGCCGGUCGAGGGCCGCGGCGGGACGGGCCUGGGCAUCGACCUCCUGCGACCGUCGAGCAGCGGCGGCGGCGUUGUCGGGGCGUCGCACCGGCGCGCGCUGCGGAGGAUCGGCGGGGCCGACAGCAGGCCGGCCAUGACGGGCGCCGGAAGCGGCGAGUCGGACGACCGGAGGCGAACGACGGGGAGCGGGCUGCGAGACAAGUUCAACGCGCUGACGUACCGGAUGCACAACCGCGAGAGCGGCAGCAACGGCGACGACGACGGCCGGACGGGCGACGAGGAGGCGAGGGAGGCCAAGGCUCGCGGGAACAGGCGCGGCUGGCCGCAAGGACGCAGCAAGGCGAGCUGA